UGACCGACCUAAUAGCUGGAAACCCUACAACAAUUCCAGCAACUGGGCUGACUGCCCCUAACUUGAAGCCAUCCAGCACGCGGACUAGCCCACCGUAACGAUGGAGCGCGUCAUUGCGGCCCUCACAGCGUCUCAGAUAUCCAGAUUCUUUUCUGCAAACGGCCGUCCGACGCAGCAAGAAUGCGACAAAUUAGCUGAACGUAUCACUGGACAGCCUGCCAUGCCAGCACCAGUCCAGGGUGGAAGCAGUUACACCGUCAUUGCCGGAGACUACGUUAUUCAAUUUCGAGCACCCAACGCCGUCCUUAAUUUAGAGUUCCUCGGACACGUCGAAAAGGCCUAUCAUGGCUUUAUGCCAUGCCAUAGUGACUCGGGCACAUUUGGGGAACUCUUCGUCUACAAGAUGCGAAACGUGGGAGGGGUCUCCUUGUACCUUGCCCGGGGCAGUUUAUACGAGAAUGACUGCUUCCUCUUGCGAGAAACAAUAAUGGAUUUUGCUCGAUUCUUUGCCUCGGCAUGGCAUAAGACCCCAAUGGCGAUUCCAUUGCCAGACCGCCGUUUGUUACACUGCAAGUACACGUCUCAGCUCUCACAACUCUCAGCGGGACUCCCGGAGCGCUUUCGCUCCGUGCUGAAUCGGCUCAUCCCACGCCUCCGGUAUAUCACGGCCGUCGAGUGGCCACUCGUGCCCAACCACAUCGACCUCCUUGAGAACAACAUCCACGUCGACCCGAGCACAGGCAAAUUGACGGGCAUCUGCGACUGGGCGGGCACAGAAAUCAGUCCGUUCGGCAUGUCACUCGGCGCAGUCGAGAACAUGCUCGGGAUUCCAAAAUUGGACAGGGAAAGCGGACGGACUGACCAUGUCUACCAUGCCAACCAUCGGGAGCUCCGUGGCCUGUUUUAUGACGAGCUGUACAGCGCGAUAGGAUCCGUCUCUGACAGGGACAAGGAGCGUAUUGAGGACGCUAGAUUGGUUGGCCUCUUCCUAACCAAUGCCUGGCGGUAUGACGAAGCCGGCAACCAGCUCCCUGCCGGGGAGGAAGAGCAUGGCUUGCAACAUCUCGAUGCAGUUCUUCGGGCCACCUGCGAUGAAUAUUGAUGGUGUGAGGACUGCCCACCAAUGAAAAUGGCGUUCCGUGUGGUGCAGUUUCCUGCCCAGAGCUACAUCGUCAGUUGCGCGGCACACACCUCGGUUUCUUCGUCGUGGCCAGUUUUCCCCGGAUUCGUCAGCCAUGGCUGCGGCCCAGCGAGAGCAAGCUGCUAUUCGACGGGAGCACCGUUUCGGCGACGCCAGGGCGAAGACCCAUCGCCCACGUCCUCUCUUGGACAGAUGCUUAACCGGGUUGGGGCUGGUUCUGAAGGCGACGAUGAUGAGGUCCGAGAUCCUGGUCAACAGGUGGCAGCCGGAG